ACACACACACACACACACACAGACACAGGAAAAAGAUUUUCCCUGCAAGAGUUUUAGUUGUGUGACUCUCCUGCUCCUGUGAAACAGCAAUGUUGGAGAUGAGUGUGUGUGUGUGUGUGAGUUUCCUGCUGUGUUCUGUAACUGCACUGACAACUGACUCUCUACAUAAAGCUACAGUGUACUGGGACCCUGACACUAAGACGGUUCUGUUGAAGGACGGGGUUCUGGAUGACAAAGGAGAUGCUUAUGGUUUCUAUAACGACUCGUUUUUAGAGACAGGAUGGGGCGUGCUGGAGCUUCGGGCAGGGUAUGGAUCAACACCUAGGGGUGAUGAUAAAACCUUCUUCCUGGCUGGAUAUCUGGAGGGAUUCCUGACUGCACGGCUGAUGAUCGAUCACUACACUAACAUGUAUCCUCAGCUUAUUACCAGACCUGAUGUCCUGCAGGCCGUCAAGACCUUCAUGACUAAGCAGUGCUCCUGGUCUCGGCAGCAGGUGAAGCUGCAUGAAACCACUGAUCCUCUGUGGGCUCAUACCGGCUUCGUCCUGGCUCAGCUGGACGGACUGCAGGCCGGUGCGGCCGAAUGGGCCAAGCGUUCAGGGAGAAAGGCCCUGACGCUGUUUGAGGUGCAGUUCCUGAAUGCAGUUGGAGAUCUGUUGGAUUUGUUACAGAUGUUGGAUCCUGAGGCCAAACCUUCACUGAGACAAUUUAAAGAGCCCCCAAUGGGUCACUGCUCUGCCCUCAUCAAGGUGUUACCAGGCUAUGAGAACGUGUUGUUCGCUCACUCCAGCUGGUAUGUUUAUGCUGCCACAAUGCGCAUCUUUAAACACUGGGACUUUAAAGUGCAGGAAACACACACUGCUACGGGGAAACUUUCCUUCAGCAGCUACCCUGGUUUCCUGGUGUCUCUGGAUGAUUUCUACCUGUUGGGCAGUGGGCUGAUGAUGACCCAGACCACCAACAAUGUUUUUAACCAGUCGCUGCACGAGUUGGUCACGCCGUCCUCCUUGUUUGCCUGGCAGAGAGUCCGGCUAGCCAACGCCCUCGCACAUAAUGGCCAAGAGUGGGCGGAGAUAUUUUCCCGAUACAACUCUGGGACGUACAAUAAUCAGUACAUGGUACUGGAUGUGAGUAAAAUAUCCCUGGGCUUGAGACUUGAUAAUGGGGCUCUGACCAUAGUGGAGCAGAUCCCAGGACUAGUGGAAUAUUCAGAUCAGACGGAGGUUCUGCGCUUCGGUUACUGGCCUUCCUACAACAUACCAUUCCACCAGAGGAUCUAUACCCUGAGUGGGUAUGGGGAGAUGUGGAUGGAGUAUGGAGAGGAUUUCUCCUAUGAACUCUGUCCUCGAGCCAAGAUCUUCCGCCGUGACCAGGCAUCUGUUACUGAUCUCUCAUCACUCAAACACAUCAUGAGAUACAAUGACUAUGAGAAAGAUCCAUACUCGAAGGGUGACCCCUGUAAAUCCAUCUGCUGUCGUGGUGAUCUGCGGAAGUCGAACCCUACGCCUCAGGGAUGUUACGACACCAAGGUGACUGACCUGCAUAUGGCUCAGCAGUUUGUGUCCGAGGCUCUGAAUGGGCCGAGCACAGAGGGGGAUCUUCCUCCUUUCAGUUGGGAUGCAUUUAACAGUACGAUGCACCGAGGCUUGCCACGUCUCUACAACUACACGUUUGUUAGCAUGCAUCCGGUGCUGUUUACUCCCUGAGCCGCCUGUGUAGGGCAGGAAAUGAGCAAAUAGCAGGUGCUUAGGAACACUCCUUUACUUUUUGUACCAUGUGAUCUGUGUAUUAUCCUGAUGCACUUCUGAAAUGUGUGUGUGUGUGUGUGUGUGUGUGUGUGUGUGUGUGUGUGUGUGUGUGUGUGUGUGUAAGAGAGAGUGAGAGAUUUUUCCCCAGCUGCAAUUCUGACCAAAGUGAAACUUGUUUGUAGUGAAAUGGUUUAUUAAAGGCUCAGUGUUUAAAUCCA